CUACUGUCUACAAACCUAAGGGUACUACCAUGAUGAUGGAUGGUCUUGGUCAUCAAAAUAAUAAACGCAAGCACGCGCAGUAUGACUUAUUUCCAGGUGACCACGACCAUGAACUUGAUGCUCAAAGAGUCCCUUCUUCCCCCACGAAUAAAAGAAAGGUGUUAAAAACAUCAUUGAAUUGCACUCGCUCUUCUGAAGUCUCGAAUUACUUGACUGAACGCAAGCUCGAGCUCUCCCGGGUCACCCGUCGGGUCAUCGCUGCGAAAGCCCGAUUGCAACGCCUCCGCUCCCUGGAACUCGAACUAAUCAAGUCCAUCAAUGAUGAUGAACUUGAGAUAACCAAACAAGAGUUGACAGCGACCGAUUUCUACCCAGAUGAGUUUCUCUACCACACCUGUAGUUUUUAUAUGUGCAUCUGCGUAGUGCAUGGACUCCGCGUUCGUACUAUCAAUUCUAGGCAGCUGCACUUCGGCGGACCUCUUGACGCGUGUGGGUGGACAGUAGAGAUGCCAGGAGUCCAGGACAGACCCGAGUCGUCUAGUAAUGGAAUAUAUGGCAUUGCAGAUCGCCAGCAAGGCCCAAUCCUAAAGUUAUUCCUGGCGGAAGUACAUAUCGAACUACUGCUGUGUAUGGGCGUCCCCGACACGCCGAGGAUCCCACGAUCUUUGCGUAUGAGGACCGGUGACGAGCUCGGUGGACCUAUUUUUGGAGACAUGUGGGUCCCGAAUGAAUGGACAGAACAGAUUGCGGUGGCUUUGGCCCUUGCGCUGGUGGAUGUACAGUCGUAUGUCAAGGAGCUUGCCCCCAUCAAACUUGUCAUUGAUGGUACCCGCGUUAAUGCAACACACCUCUCCAUCCCCACUGUCGAGAUUUUGUCCGAUCAUCUCCACUCACCUGACAUCGCGAAGCUCCAAAGCGACAUCAGCCUCGUCCAAUCCAUGAACAAAGCGUACAUCGCUGGAGAACACGAUCGGACCGGAAGCAGCGCCGUGGCUUUCGCUUCAUCACUUCCGGAGUUCCUCAGUUCGAUCGAAGCAAGCCCUAUCGUAAGCGGGGACCUUUUCUGGGGCUUCAAGUCGUUCAUGCAUGACGUUCCGGAUUGCACGAUCUAUGUCAACCAUACGGAUAGCGAGACGUUGCAGUAUGGUAACCCGGAAAACACCGUGCAGACUAAUACAAAAAUUUUGGAGAUUAGGUAG